GAAUGAAUUUUUAACAGACAAACUGGAGUUUGGAAGCUGCCUGCAGUGUCCUUAACAGAAGAUAACCUUUGAAGUUUUUGACUAACAGACAACAGAGCCAGGAAGCAGCAGCUGGUGUUUCAGACAGAUAGGAGCUUUCAUUAACAGAAAAUAAAGUUUGGAAGUUGAGUUUCUAACAUUCACAAAAAGGAAGUUUCAUUGACAAAGGAUAACACUCAGAAGCAGUGAUAAAGUCUGUAAGCAGCCUGAUGUUCUCACAAAGGAAAGAAUGAGGUAUGGAAAACAGCAGUCCAUGUUUUUAUCACAAAAAGUAGUCUCAAAGUAGGCUGAGUUUUUAAGCUAACAGAAGACAAAAUUUGGAAGCAGUCUUUGUUUUCAAGAUGAACUUUGGGAGCAUUCUUUGUUUUUAAGCUAAAAUAAGAUGAAGUUUGGGAGCAGUUUUUGCACCCUGAAUGUUGGCGGUCGCAGGUUUUCCUUCUCCGUGGAGCUGAUGAAGCGCCUCCCUCUCAGCAGACUCAGCCGGCUGCAUCGCUGCGUGUCGGAGAGUGAGCUGCUGGAGCUCUGCGAUGACUACGACCGUGACAGGAACGAAUUUUUCUUCGACCGACACUCGGAGGCCUUCAGCUUCAUCAUGCUAUACGUGCAACACGGCAAGCUGCGCCUCGUACCACACAUGUGCGAGCUGUCCUUCUACAACGAGAUGCUGUACUGGGGCCUGGAGAGCUCCGACCUUCAGCCGUGCUGCCAGCGACGCCUCGACGACCGCAUGUCCGACUGCUUUGUCCAUUUCUUCCCUGAGGAGGAACCUCGGGGCCCCAAGGAGCACCGGAGCCGUUGGCUGGAGAGGAUGAGGAGGACAUUUGAGGAGCCCACUUCCUCACUGGCGGCGCAGAUCCUCGCCUCUGUGUCAGUGCUGUUUGUGAUCAUCUCCAUGGUGAUGCUGUGUGCCAGCACCUUACCGGACUGGAAGGCCACCGAGACCCUGGACCAGCACAGGUACCCUCUCUCUGAUUGGCUGCUACCCUGCAGGAUCAUCGAGGCGGUCUGCAUUGGUUGGUUCACAGCUGAGUGUAUUGUCCGUUUCCUGGUGUCUCGUGAUAAGUGUGAAUUUGUCCGUCGUCCUCUGAACAUCAUCGACCUGUUGGCCAUCACACCGUACUACAUCUCCGUUACUGUGACGAUCCUGACGGGGGAAAACUCUCAGCUACAGCGUGCAGGCGUCACGCUACGUGUCUUGCGCAUUAUGCGGAUCUUUUGGGUGAUCAAAUUGGCGCGUCACUUCCUCGGCCUGCAGACUCUUGGCCUGACGCUGCGGCGCUGCUACCGCGAGAUGGUGAUGCUGCUGGUCUUCGUCUGUGUCGCUAUGGCGAUCUUCAGCGCGCUGGCCCAGCUGCUUGAACACGGCCUGGACCUGGAGGCUGGAAACCAAGACUAUGCCAGCAUCCCCGCCGCCUGCUGGUGGGUCAUUAUCUCCAUGACGACGGUGGGAUAUGGUGACAUGUACCCGGUGACGGUGGCAGGCCGCGUGCUGGGCGGCCUAUGUGUGGUGAGCGGCAUUGUGCUGCUGGCACUGCCCAUCACCUUCAUCUACCACAGCUUUGUCCAGUGUUACCACGAGCUCAAGGUGCGCUCCGCCCGCUGCAGCCACACCCUGUCCGCCGACUUCAUCAACUGACUGCAACACUGCAGCCAACUUCAUCAGCUGACCCCAGCUCUGCAGGCGACUUCAUCAACUGACCAAGGAGCAAUGCUGUUGCCAAGGUGGACGCAAAAUGUCCAAACAAUCCCACCACUGAGGCAGGAAAUACUGCAGACAUUACAGCUGUUUACUCCACACUGACCCUGUAGUGUCCAGUUAAUAAACUGACUGCAACUCUGGACGCAACAGUGUCGCUGCCGAGGCAGG